AUGAAGGCUGUCCUCUCCGCAUUUGUGGGUCACAUGACCAAGUUCCAGUUGGCCGAACGACAAACACCUGAUCUUGAUGCAGAGCUUGCAGCGUUGGAGGAUGAGGAUGGAGAGGGUAUCGUAGGCGAUGAGGAUGUAGAGUCGGAAGAAGAGGAGGGUGAGGUCGAGGACGGAGAUGAGCUCGCACCUGAAGUCCGCGAGAGUGAUGAGACGGUUGUCGAUGAGGUGGCCGAUGAGGCUGACCUCGAGCAUCGUCUGCCAUCGCUCAGUCUCCGAGACGCGAAGGCAGGGCAAAUUGCGCUGACCAAGCUACGAAAACUGGCGCAGAAGAUUCACUGGUCACUGACGAUCUGUGAAGCCCUUGCAGAAGACUGUGAAGCUGUCAAUGUUUGGCCACGUCACAUCGUCCGUGACGUCUCCACUCGGUGGAAUAGUUCAACGGAACUAAUUCACAGUGUGUUGCUCAUCGAGAAAGCACUUAGUUGCCUUGUCAUCCGCAAAGAGUUCAAUCGACCGCGAGGUGUGCGAUUGGAGCGGUUCAUGCUUUCGCGUGCUGAGUGGGAGAUUCUCAAAGGCAUCAAGCCUUUGCUAGAUGCUAUUCUGUAUGCGACCAAAGAGGUCUCUCAAAGUGCUGUUCCCAUGGUUCAUCCAAUUAUUCCCCUGAUCAACUCAAUUACUGCCAUAUUUGAUAAGUUCAUUGACAACCUCAACUCCCAUCCUGCUGUGUGCCACGCAGCAUUUCGUGGGCUUCUGAUGCUCAACAAGUAUUACAAGAGGACAGAUGAUGCUGUCGUCUAUCAAAUUGCUAUGCUCAUGCAUUCUUCCACGAAGACUUCAUACUUCAUCCGUGCCGGCUGGAGUGCUGAGUGGAUCGGGGCCACUGUUACGCCUGAGGGUCGUUUGACCCUUCAAAAAUCGUGA